AUGGGCUCUUGUUCAGAUACCUCCUCACCUGUGAUGCCCGAGGAUAUUGCAGUAGUCGGUCUUUCUUGUCGCUUCUCUGGAGGUGCAACCGAUCCUUCAAAGUUUUGGGACUUGCUCUACGAGCGUAGAUCCGGGUAUUCCAAGGUCCCCAGUGAUCGAUUCAAUGUCGAUGCUUUCCACCAUGCUUCAGGGGAAAAAGCGCACACUCUGCGGACUGCAGGCGGUCAUUUCCUGCAAUGUGACCCAGCCGAAUUCGAUGCACCAUUUUUCGGCAUUACAUCCAACGAGGCCAAAGCGAUUGAUCCUGCCGCCCGCAUGCUCCUAGAAGUCACAUACGAGGCUUUUGAGAACGCUGGACUCCCUACAGAGAGCCUCAAAGGUAGCGACACAAGCUGCUACGUGGGAUGCUUCACAAGAGACUUCCAUGAGAUGCAAAUGCGCGACGCAGAGGCCUCAGCAACAUAUGCAGUCACAGGCACGGGCUUCUCUCUACUAUCUAACCGGGUGUCCUGGUUCUUCGACUUACGUGGACCCAGCUUGACGUUAGACACCGCAUGUUCCUCCAGCUUAGUCGGGCUUCAUCUUGCGUGCCAGGGCCUGCGAUCGAGAGAAUCCACAGUGGCAGUGGUUUCGGGCACAAAUUUGAUCUUGAGUCCAGAUCUGUCGAUAUUCUUAGGGAAUCUCGGGAUGCUAUCCAAAGACGGUCUAUCUCGAGCAUUUGCCGACGGCACGACAGGGUAUGGUCGCGGAGAAGGAAUCGCCACCCUCAUCUUGAAAAGAGUCUCGGACGCUGUUCGGGACGGGGACAGCAUUCGUGCAGUGAUAAGAGGCUCUGGUGUCAAUCAGGACGGGCAUACCAAGGGUAUUACAGUCCCUAACAGCGAGGCGCAGGCGAGCUUGAUACGCUCAACUUAUCAAGCUGCAGGCCUCGACUUGCACGAAACCGGAUAUUUCGAGGCACAUGGCACUGGGACAGCGGUGGGAGACCCCCUCGAGCUUGCAGCAGUCGCAAAGACUGUGGCGGGUUCGCGAAGAGAUGGAAAGCUCUACAUUGGAUCUGUGAAGUCAAACAUUGGUCACACUGAAGGUGCCGCUGGCAUUGCAGGGGUCAUCAAAAGUAUCCUGAUGCUUGAGCACGACACCAUACUGCCUAAUAUUCAUUUCGAACGACCCAAUCCUCGCAUCCCGUUCGACGAUUGGAACAUGGUGGUGCCGAUUCAACCUAUUCCUUGGCCAUCUGGCAGCAAGAAAAGAGUGAGCGUCAAUUCUUUUGGCUAUGGCGGGACCAAUGCCCACGUCAUCAUUGACAGCGCUGCUGAAUAUCUCUCGAGCAGAGGCAUCACUAAAUUGCCUUCUUUGGGCAACACUCGGAAGCAAAUGCUCUUCCUUUUCAGCGCACAAAGCAAACCUGCUUUGGAAAGAAUGCAAACGGUGUACCAAACUUAUCUCGCCACACAUCCCAGCCAAAAGAAUCAGCCAAUCAAAGAAUCCAGUGAAUACCUCGAGAGGCUGGCUUUCACUCUUGGUGGACGACGAUCGCAGUUCGAGUGGCAGGCAUACGCCAUCGGCUCGAGCUUGGAAGAGGUUAACGAGAACAUUGGGACAACAACAUUCAUGCCGGUACAUGCGUCGUCAAAGCCACAGCUCAACUUCAUCUUCACAGGUCAAGGUGCUCAGUGGGCACGUAUGGGGAUCGAAUUGCUGCGCUAUCCUGUUUUCCGGGAUUCUGCUGUUGCUGCGGAUCGAUUCAUGAAGGAUAAGCUUGGCUGCAAAUGGUCUGUCAUAGAAGAAAUGCAACGGGACGAGCUCACCAGCAAAGUAUCUUUCGCGGAGUUCAGCCAGCCACUGUGCUCAGUGUUGCAGGUGGCACUGGUGGACUUACUGGCUUCGUGGGGCAUCAACCCAGUUGGAGUUGUUGGACACUCUAGCGGAGAGAUUGGGGCAGCGUACGCCUGCGGAGCCCUCACUGCACAGGACGCAUGGACGAUCGCGUACUUCCGAGGACAGUUUUGUUCCGACAUGAGCCGCGAUUUGAAGUUGCGAGGCUCCAUGAUGGCCGUGGGCUGUUCUCGAGGCGCAGCAGAAAAAUACGUCGCAAAAGUCACACGAGGUAGACUUGUCGUCGCUUGUGUCAAUUCUCCCGAGUCCAUGACCAUCUCAGGAGAUGAGCCAGCGAUUGAUGAGAUGCUUGAAACGCUCAAAGCAGAAUCGGUGUUCGCACGCAAACUCAAGGUAGAGAACGCAUACCACUCUCACCAUAUGGAGCUCAUUGCAAGCAAAUAUCUCUAUUCGAUCUCGCACAUCAAGCCCAAGAACUCUGCUGCCGCGUCUGAUCAGGUCGUCAUGGCGUCGAGUGUUACAGGUAAUAUCAUACAGCAUGCGGAUCUUGGACCAGAGUACUGGGUCAAAAAUCUGGUCUCGCCCGUUCUCUUCUCGGAUGCGGUGUCCGUUAUGCUUACCAACGUCAAGCGGCGACGGAGAGCUCAGACUGCUCAGCCCACAGCUCGAUUCCUCCUCGAAUUAGGCCCCCAUGCAGCCCUGCAAGGACCGGUACGGCAAAUCUUGUCUACACUGACAGCUCAAGUCAAAAACGUGACAUACAAGUCCGUCAUCUCGAGAGGCAAGGAUGCGUGCAUCACCGCUGUUGAUGCUGCUGGCAGUCUUUUUACGCAUGGGGUUCCAGUCUCAAUCCAUAUCGUUAAUGGCAUCACGUCAUCACAUGAGCCUCUCAAAGACCUCCCAUCUUACCCAUGGAAUCGAGCUGUCAAGUACUGGUCCGAACCGCGACAAAGUAAAGAGUAUCGUCUACGCGAGCACGGAAGACACGAUCUUCUAGGCGCUCCCGUUAUUGGGUUCGACAAGCACUCCAAUCUGAGGUGGCGCAACUUCCUCCGACAGAAAGACAAUCCUUGGAUGAAAGAUCAUGUAGUGUCUGGUACUGUGGUCUAUCCAGCCGCAGGAAUCUUAGCGAUGCCCAUCGAAGCUCUUCGACAGAUCGCCGACAAGGACAGAACAGUUGAAAGCAUUCAGCUGAAGGAUGUACGCAUAGGCAAGGCUAUUGUUGUACCGGACACAGCAUAUGGACUCGAGAGCGUGCUCUGUCUGCACAAGCGAAUGGACGGCUGGUUCGAUUUCUCCGUACAAACAUGCGAGGAGAACGAAGACCUAGUCGAGAAUGCCACUGGUGUCGUCGGGAUCUGCUAUCAGCGUGAAAGCGUACCCAGUGACGAACGUUGGAGCAAAGACAAGGACUUUGUCACCGAAGCACUACGCAACGAGUAUGCCCUGUGCAAGGGUACCUGCAAUAACCAUGUCGAGCCAGCGGCGUUCUAUCUUCAGACGGAUCAGAUAGGUUUGUCCUAUGGCCCGAGCUUUCAGGCACUUGCUAGCAUCGCUAUCGGGUCACAGUAUAGGUGUCAUUGGGAGCUCUCGAUCCCUGAUACAAAAGCUGCAAUGCCAGCACAGACGCAAAGCGACCACCUGAUCCAUCCCACGACAUUGGAUGUGCUAAUCCACUCGCUAUUCGCAGCACUAGGCGGCAACAAUACCUUCCAAAUCGAGAAGGCUGCUCUUCCGGUGGCGUUCGAUUCAAUUACGGUGGCAGCAACGAUGAUCAACGAUCCAGGUACGCAACUACACGGAUUCUCUCGUGCCAGAAAUGCAGCCCCUGAUAUGGUGGUGGCUGAGGUCUUUGCCUGGUCAGACGGAGGCAAGGAUACACCCUGUGUGCAAAUCAGAGGUAUGCAAUGUAAGGAGCUACCUGGAGGUCGUUCAAGUGGCAGCGCGAAGUCAGACAAAGGCGACCUGAAAGCGCCAUGCGCUGUUCCCGUACUGAAACCGGACCUCGACCUUUGCAACCGCCCUGAUCUGAUCAAGUUUGUGAGGUCACGGGCGAGCUGGCAAGAGCUUGCCUCGGCUACAGAAAGCACUGACGGUGACUGCGAGCAACAAGGUACGCUCGAAGCAGGUGUGUGUAAGAUCGUUGACCUACUGGCACACAAGAAUCCAGAGCUUGCAAUGCUCCAAGUCGGUGGAUCGAGCUCGACAUUAGUAUCCUCCCUGUUGGCAGUGCUUACAACAGGACCUGCAGAUGGCGGGAGAUUUACCCGGCUCACAGUAGCGGACGCAGAUCUUGACGACGUCAAGCUGAUGGAGUCUCAGUACAACGAAUGGAAACCCAAGGUCAAUUUCGUGCCCUUACGUCUGGACCUUGACGCUGCGGAACAAGGUCUACAUGAUGACUCCUUUGACCUUAUCGUUGUGACGCCUGAUCAAGCCCCUUAUCUGCAGGGAGGAUCCUUGUUGAACAUCGUUAUGGGCUUGCUACGGGAGCAGGGAAAAUUGGUGGUGAUGGAAUCAGUCUGGGGAGACCCCUUUGCGGCCACACCUCCCUCUCCAACAAGCCGACGACGGAGAUCGAGCGCAGCAUCUGGUGCUUCCAUGCGAAAUCGACGAAGGCCAAGCGUAUCAAGCUUGGAAUCAACGAUCGAGAUACCAUUUGGCGACGACGAGGAGUCUUUCGAUGAAGCACUGAGCAUCACAACCAAGCCGGUCCCUGAAACAGAGUUGACCCAGCUCGAGACCAUCUACGUACUCCAGCCAGCGAACGCAGGUGCUGAAGUUACCGAGUUGUGCGAGCUCACAUGUGGUAGACUCGUCGCAUCAGGACUACCAGCUCAAAUUGUGAGCUGGCCACCCAAUGUGAAAGACCUCGAGUCAAAAGUUGUGCUGUGUCUACUCGAAGUCGAAGAAUCCAUCUUGAUGGACAUCUCGGCCACAGACUUUGACGUCUUACGCAAGAUUGUCCUGCAGAGCUCGAGCUUGGUUUGGGUCGCGAACGGUCUCAACCCCACCACGGGAGUCGCUCUAGGCUAUCUGCGGUCCAUCAAAAGCGAGAAUCUGAAUCUACAGAUGCGAUAUCUGCUCAUCAAGGACGACACGUGCGGCGCAGCUGAGCUAGCUGCUGCAAUCACCAAAGUAGCCACAAACAUCAGCUUAGAACGCGAGUAUCACCUGGUCAACGGUCAGCUAUGCAUAAGUCGCCUUGUCCCAGAGGGUAAGAUCAGUCAGAUGUUGUCGCACGAGAUCCGCCCACGACAAUACGAGACAAUGAGGCUAGAAGACAGCAAGAUCGGUCUGCGGCUUGUACAAGGCCAAAGUGACAAGGUCAAGUCCUUCGCAUUCACGGCGAACAAUGAGGUUCUGUUGUCAGCUGAUGAGGUUGAAGUCGAGAUCAAAGCAAUCUCGGUCAAUCACCAGAGCAAGCAAGCCAGUCAGCAGUCCAUGAAGGAUAUCGGCGGCAUUGUCAAAGCCGUGGGCAAGGACUGCUCACGGCUCAUGAUAGGUGAUCCGGUCUUUGGCUGUUAUGUGGGCGAAUAUGGUACAACCUGCAGGACGAAAGAGAUUUUGUGCCACAGGCUGCCCUCUGGCACUUCAUUCGCAGAAGCAGCGGCAUGGCCAACACCAUUCGCAGUAGCGUAUCGAAGUCUACAUGGCAUCCACCCGGUGCGAGAAGGGCAGUCGGUUCUGAUUCAGGGUGCUGCGAGCGCAGUCGGUCAGGCAGCGUUACAGCUAGCCAGCUCAUCCAACGUCACAGUAUUCGCCACUGCAAAGAGCGCGGACGACAGCCGUCUGAUCGAGAACCUGGGCGUCGAGUCGGCUCACGUCCUUGACGAAAACGCCUCAGAUCUGGAGCUCCUGACCCUGGAGAUCAAUCCUCGCAAGUUCGACAUGAUCCUCAUCACCUCCAGCUUGGGCGACAAACUCAGCCAGCUUUGCAGAAGUCUCGCGCCAAAUGGUGUCCUCUUCAAUGUCACCGGCUCCACCGGCUUGGAACUCGCGACAAUCGACGCCAAACCAUUUGAGAUGGGCUGCACAUUCUCAACCAUCAACAUCGAGCAACUGGUCAAAGGAAAUCCUGCCGUGAUGGCAGAAAUGCUCGCCAAACUGGCUGGACUUAUGGCAGACACGAUCAUGCAACCCAUCAACCCGUUGAUCCAGUUUUCCGCCGACUGCGUGGCUGAUGCCUUCGAAUUUGAGGAGCAGAGGAGUGACAUUGGAAGGGUCGUGCUGAUGUUCAAGCCACGAGACCUGAUCACUGUCUUCCCAAGCGUCAUACACCCUUUGGUCCUCAGUGCAGAAGCGACAUAUGUUGUCGUUGGCGGGCUUGGCGGGCUUGGACGCAGCAUCACUCGGCUGCUUGUCGAGCAUGGUGCCAAACAUCUUGCGCUGUUGUCACGAUCUGGACCAAGGUCUCCCAACGCAAUCGUCCUGGUGGAUGAACUCGGCAAGGCUGGUGUCGUGACCAAGGUCUACGCCUGCGAUGUGUCGGACAAGAUUGCAAUGACCAAGGUUAUUGCAGAUUGUACUGCUGAGCUACCUCCUAUCAAGGGUGUCAUCCAGAGUGCGUCGGUGCUACAGGACUCGAUCUACGAGAACAUGACCCACGAUCAGUGGAGCACCAGCAUCCGACCAAAGGUGCACGGCUCAAUGCUCUUGCACGAACUGCUCCCGGAAGACAUGGACUUCUUCGUCAUGCUGAGCUCCAUCUCGGGCAUCGUGGGCAAUCGCGGCCAAGCCAACUACGCGGCCGGCAACACAUUCGAAGACGCUCUCGCACACUGGCGUCUCAGCCAAGGGCUCCCUGCCGUUGCAAUCGAUCUCGGCCUUAUGGUCGGCAUCGGCAUGAUCGCUGAACGAGGCGGCUACACCACCAUCCGUAAGUCUGAUGCCGCAGAACUCGACGAGGACGACUUUCGCGCCAUCUUGAGAGCCGCAAUAUCGGGAUACUACGGCGCAACUCCAAUAGGCGCCCAACUCAUCGUCGGAAUCCCUUCAGGCGGAACGUUGAAGCAAGCCGGCCUGGACGAGCCGUUCUACUACGACGACCCCCGCUUUGCCCUCCUCAAAAGAUACGACACGGAGAAAGUGUCUGGUGGUGACUCGUCGGGCACCGCAUCCGCCGAUCAAAUCGAAAUGAAGCUCGCGCAAUGCACGUCCCUCCCCGAAGCCGCUCGAUUAAUCAGCGGAGCCCUCUGCGAGACCCUCGCACGGGGCCUCCAAACGACGAUCGAGAACAUCGACUACGCCAAGCCGUUGCACACGUACGGCGUCGACUCCUUGAUGGCCGUCGAGAUCCGCACUUGGGUGUCGCAGAAGCUGAAGGCCGAGAUCACCUUGUUUGAGGUGUUGAGUGGGGGGACCAUUGCGAUGUUGGCGGCGAAGAUUGCGAGCUCGUCGAAAUUGGUGCCAGGAGGGUUGGAUCCGACAGCGAGGAGGGCGAGCUUGGAAGCGUUUAGUCUGAGGAGAGGGUCGGUCUAG